GCCGAGGCCGUCCGCGCUCGCGCCUCGCCGGCCCCUCCUCCGGUCGCCGCGGCCGUCGCGCCGCCGCUGCAGGGUAGCUGACAGCCAGGAGAAAUAGGUUGGAAAAUGCAAAACAACGAAAUCAUAAAACCUGCCAAAUACUUCUCGGAGUUGGAAAAGAGCAUCCUGCUUGCUUUGGUAGAAAAGUACAAGUAUGUGCUGGAAUGCAAGAAAAGCGAUGCGCGAACUAUUGCGCUCAAGCAGCGCACCUGGCAGGCGCUCGCCCACGAGUACAACUCUCAGCCCAGCGUGUCACUGCGGGAUUUCAAGCAGCUGAAGAAGUGCUGGGAGAACAUCAAGGCUCGGACCAAAAAGAUUAUGGCCCAUGAGAGGAGAGAGAAGGUGAAACGGAGCGUCAGCCCCCUCCUGAGCACCCACGUCCUCGGGAAGGAGAAGAUCGCCAGCAUGCUGCCCGAGCAGCUGUACUUCCUGCAGAGCCCCCCCGAGGAGGAGCCCGAAUACCACCCCGACGGCGCCGCCCAAGAAUCAUUUGCUGUUUCAAAUAGAGAACUGUGCGAUGAUGAGAAAGAGUUCAUACAUUUUCCAGUGUGUGAGGGGACCUCCCAACCUGAACCCUCGUGUUCGGCUGUCAGAAUCACAGCCAAUAAACACUACAGGAGCAAAACCUCUCAGGAAGGUGCUUUAAAAAAGAUGCAUGAGGAAGAACACCAUCAACAAAUGUCCAUCUUACAGCUGCAGCUGAUACAAAUGAACGAGGUGCAUGUGGCCAAAAUCCAGCAGAUAGAGCGGGAGUGUGAGAUGGCAGAGGAGGAGCACAGGAUAAAAAUGGAAGUUCUCAAUAAAAAGAAGAUGUAUUGGGAAAGAAAACUACAAACUUUCACCAAGGAGUGGCCUGUCUCCUCCUUUAACCGGCCCUUUCCCAAUUCACCCUAAGACUGUGGGGGCGGCUCCCCUGUAAGCGAUUCGGAACGUGAGCUCGCGGUCAGGACCUCCUAACAGAGCUACGACUAGGAAACUUAGCGACGGUAGUAGCCCCGUAUUUAAGAAUACGUUCAGGUAAACGGCCGCACCCCAUGCCCCCGCUGCCAAUGGCAAAGAAGCUGUUCCAGUCUCCUGAAAAUGAUCACUACGAGUGCUAGAAUUCUGAAUGUAAUGUCUCUUAAUUAGAAUUCAUAACGAGAACCAUGUGUGAGUGUUGUUGUUGUAUUUUUUUAAUCAGAUUGCAAGUGUGACUAUAAAGAAGUGUGGCUGAUUUUUUUCUUUUCUUUUUUUUUUUUUUUUUUAAGUAGACAGCAGAACUUUUCUCUCCAAAUGAACAUGCUGCUGUUGAAAGCAGCUAAAAGACCCUGGAGGCCACACGUUGUGGGGCUGUUGCUUAGAACUGGCUGGAGGUCUUUAGGGAACCUCCCUGGGAACACACACAGCACCUCUUGUUUUGUCUUUUGUUGUUUUUUUGUUGUUGUUGUUGUUUUUUGUUUCAUUUUGUUUUCAUUGUCAUUCUUUGAGUGGCUUUUCUGAUUUUAAACCAUCCAGCAUUUGGAAGGAUGUUUUCUAAUGUGGCUCAUAACCCCCCUUUGAAGGCCUUCACCCAAAGAGGGCUUGCAAAUAGUGGCUCUAACAGUUGGUAGCUUUGUAACUAAGGCUGUAACUGCUCUGAGGAAGACACGUGCAUUUAGAUUUCUAUGAUCUGUCCUGUCCGUUUUAUUAAAAGAGAAGACUUGCAA